UUAAGAUUGUUAUUUUUGUUGUGUCUUUGAAAAAACACAACAGCAAAAAAAAAAAAAACCCCAUUAAGAGGUUUUUCACUUUCUUCUUCUUCUUUUUCUUCUUCAUCUCUUCAAUCCCAAAACUCAGGAUUAUUUGUUGAUAGGUUAUUCAUACAUAUUGACCUGCUGUGGAAGUAAGCUCAUUAUCUAAAGUGUUAACGGUAAUUUGACGGUUUUGCUUACGAUGGAUUCACCUGAACGAGGUCGUUAUGCGAAACGGGAUGUAGAGGAUGGUUUGGAUGUGAAGAGCGAUAGGGCUGUUGAUGAUGAAGAGUGGGAGGGCAGUGAUAAGAGAAAGCAUAGGUCAAGUAGGUCAAGAAAACUGAGCAAUGGAGAAGAUGCUGAGGGGUUAGAUGGAAGAAGAAGAAGCUCUGGGGAUAGAAAUGAGGGUCGGAAACGGUCAGGUGGAUCUAGUAGAGCGGGUAGUGAUGAGGAGGAUCACGACUCAAGAAAAGAGUCGCGCUCUAAGCAGAUCAAGAAAAGACAAGAAGAGAAUACAUUGGAAAAGUUGAGCAACUGGUACCAAGAUGGAGAAUUAGAGAACAAGAAAGAUGGUGUAGAUAAGUCAGGGAGUAGAGGGCAUGGUCGAGCUGAUGAAAGUGAGAAAAGAAAAACAGCGUCCAAGUUUUCAGAGCACGAGGGUUCUCAAAGCAGGAUUAAAAGCAAAGAAGAAAGAUCCCAUGAUGUAGAGAUUGAAAAAGUGGUUGAUAGAGAUUCCAGGUAUUCAGAGAGGAGGGAAACUGGUCGGGAGAAGGGUCAUGGAUCUUCUGAGGAGCUGAGAAAUUCGAGGAGAAAAUGGGAUGAAUCUGAUGCUGGCAAGAAAGCCGAAGAAACUUUUUCCGAAAGAACUGAGCUUAGAGACCGUAAGUUGUCUGAUCCUAAGUAUGAGAGUGCUAGAGAGAGAAGCGUGUCUGCUAGGAAUGAACCCAGUGAGAGUAAAAGCCGGGGUGUUGAUUCAAACAGUGAGAAGGGUAUGAAAUCUAGCAAUAGAGAAGAGAGAAGAGCUGAUGCUGAGAGGAGUAAGAGCAAGGUGAGAUCAGAGAUACUUGAAGAAGAUAAUAGGGCUAGUCCCGUUACUCAUGAAGACCGAUCAGGCAGGGAAAAAACUGAGAAGCAUAAACAGCAGAGAACUCCAACUCAAGAUGUUGCUGAAAGCCGGGACAGAACAUUAAGUGCUGAUGAAGAUAGAAAUAUGCGGAUGAGGGAUAAAAAUGCAAGAGAAGUGGGGCAUUCCAGGAGGUCAAGGACCCCUGAGAGGAGUGGUAGGCGCCAUCAAGAGACAGAUCACUCUGAGAUGGAUAGUGAAAGAGGUUUCAACCUCAAGCGAAAGGAAUUGGAAAAGGAUGGUUAUAGGGAUGAUAGAUUGAAAGGCAGAGAUGAUAGCUGGAGUGAUAGAAAUAGGGACCAUGAAGUUUCCAAAGAGAAUUGGAAAAGAAGGCAACCCAUCAAUAGCGAUAAAGACUCAAAAAAUGGUGAUAUUGUUUAUGAUCAUGGCAGAGAAUGGGAGAUGCCAAGACAUGGUCGUGAGAGGACCGACAAUGAAAGGCCUCAUGGCCGGUCUGGUAAUAGGAAAGAUGGAAGCAGGGGUGAAGCUGUGAAAACCUCAUCAAACUUUGGAAUUUCAAAUGAGAAUUAUGAUGUGAUAGAGAUUCAAACCAAGCCUCUUGAUUAUGGAAGACCUGAUUCUGGAUCCAACUUCGCCAGGAGAAAUGAAGUUGCUCAGCAAUCUGAUGUGAAAUUAACACCAAAUGAUGAAGAAUGGGCAUAUAUGGAUGACAGGGCAAGAAGGAGUGAUAUAUAUAGCUCUGGGCCACCUGGUGAAGAUUCAAAGGAAAGAUAUACAGAUGAUGGUACCUCCAUGCGAGAUCAAAAUUCAUGGAGGGAUGACUUUGAUUUCCAUGGAGGAAAAGGUAGGGGCCAGAAAGGUGCUAUGUCUGGUCGCAGUGCUGGUGGCCAAAGUUCCAGUAGUGGUUCACAACCUCCUUAUGGAAACCAGGAUCUAGUGUCCUUCAAUAGAGCUGCCUCACAAGGAGUAAAAGGGAAUAGAGUUGGGAGAGGCGGAAGAGGUAGGCCAAGUGGGAGAGACAACCAACAGGUGGCAAUCCCAUUGCCAAUAAUGGGAUCGCCUUUUGGACCUCUUGGAAUUCCUCCACCUGGACCAAUGCAGCAAAUUAACCCUAGUAUGCAACCUGCUCCAGGUCCACCAAUGUCACCUGGUGUCUUCAUUCAGCCAUUUAGUCCGCCUGUUUGGCCUGGGGCUCGAGGUGUUGAUAUGAAUAUGUUAGCUGUUGCACCUGGCCUCUCUCCUGUUCCUCCUGGACCAUCAGGUCCAAGGUUUCCUCCCAAUUUGGGGAAUUCACCCUCUGCUAUCUAUUUCAAUCAACCUGGCCCUGGCCCUGGCCCCGGGAGAGGAGUAACUCCUAGCAUUUCUGGCCCUGGUUUUAAUGCUGCUGGGGCAAUGGGACGAGGAACUCCACUUGAUAAAACUCCAGGGGGUUGGGUUCCACCUAAAAGUAGUGGGCCUCCUGGUAAAGCUCCUUCUAGAGGAGAGCAGAAUGAUUACUCUCAAAAUUUUGUUGACACUGGUAUGCGUCCCCAGAAUUUCAUUAGAGAGCUGGAGCUUACAAAUGUUGUUGAGGAUUACCCUAAGCUUAGGGAGCUUAUACAGAAAAAAGAUGAGAUUGUUUCUAAAUCUGCUUCUUCUCCUAUGUAUCACAAAUGUGACCUGAAAGAGUUUGAAUUGUCCCCAGAGUUCUUUGGAACCAAGUUUGACGUCAUUCUUGUGGACCCCCCAUGGGAGGAAUAUGUUCAUCGCGCUCCCGGUGUGGCUGACCAUAUGGAGUACUGGACAUUCGAAGAAAUAAUGAAUCUUAAGAUCGAGGCAAUAGCAGACACACCUUCUUUUAUCUUCCUUUGGGUUGGUGAUGGUGUGGGCCUUGAGCAGGGCCGUCAAUGUCUAAAGAAGUGGGGAUUCCGUAGGUGUGAGGAUAUUUGUUGGGUGAAAACAAACAAAACUACUGCAACACCAGGGUUGCGUCAUGAUUCUCAUACUUUAUUUCAGCACUCAAAGGAACACUGCUUGAUGGGCAUAAAGGGAACCGUUCGUCGCAGUACUGAUGGUCACAUAAUCCAUGCCAACAUUGAUACUGAUGUAAUAAUUGCUGAGGAGCCUCCUUAUGGUUCAACCCAAAAGCCUGACGACAUGUAUAGAAUUAUUGAGCAUUUUGCCCUUGGCCGCAGAAGACUUGAGCUCUUCGGUGAAGACCACAAUAUUCGGUCUGGAUGGCUGACUGUUGGCAAAGAACUAUCCUCGUCAAAUUUUAAUAGUGAGGCAUAUGUCAGGAACUUUUCUGACAAGGAUGGUAAAGUUUGGCUGGGAGGGGGAGGACGAAAUCCACCUCCAGAGGCACCUCAUCUUGUUGUGACAACCCCUGAAAUAGAGUCUCUCCGGCCCAAGUCACCGAUGAAGAACCAGCAGCAACUUCAACAGCAGCAGUCAGCAUCCAUCUCCCUGACUACGCCCAAUUCCUCCAAUAGAAGGACUGCUGGAAACUCACCUCAAAAUCCGGGUGCUCUUGGUCUAAACCAAGAAGCCAGCUCUAACCCCUCAACUCCAGCUGCUUGGGCCUCACCGAUGGAGGGUUUUAGACGAGAAGGGAGCAUUAUGACUUCAGAUGAUAAGGUUUUUGAUAUGUAUGGCGGGUUUAGUGGGCAGGGAAAUCAAGACUAUCUAGAUUUUGAGUCUCACAGACAAAUGAAUUUGUUGUAACAAAAUACUCGGUAUAAUAAUCUGCUGUUUUGUAGCAUGUAAUAUUUUUUUGGCCUCCAAUUUAAGUGGAAAGAAAAUUCCAUA